AUGAUCUUUGAUAUGGGGCCUCGGACUUCAGGCUCGCUGAUUCUGAAGGAGGAUGGAUUUAAUAAUCCACGGCCUUUUGGGCGGCUGCUUCCAAUGGCGUUGUCCGAGGCUAGGCUGGAGCUUCUUGAACAAUUGAAGGGUCAAGAACUUCACGUUCCAGACCUGAGAUUGAUGUUAUCGCACUGGCCGAUCAACAUAAACCCUGAGAUUGAGGGUAUCCGGGCUACAGUUCCACGAAGAAUCUUGAGUCUCUCUGAAUCCUCCCAAAAGCGAAAGCUACUAGCCAAGAUCGACUCGGGACUUUUCUCGUCGGCGUGGUGGCCCGGUGCCACCUUGGAGGCUGGCGAUAUCUUGUCCUGCUUGGCACUUUGGCUCUUUAUAUGGGAUGAUGAGAUCGACGCCGAGGUGGGAGACCUGGCCGGCGACUUCGAGGCUUCUCAGACCUUUCGGCACGAAACAAUAAAAUACAUUAGCUCGGAACUCCCAUCAACGAAGGAGUACACGAGAACUCGGAUGGGCACAAGUGCAGUCAAUGUGACCACCUUCUUCAACGAAUAUGCUUAUGGUACGAGCAUACCAGUCAAUGUCCUCAAUGACCCGGAUAUGAAGGUUCUCUGGGACCAGACCAAUAUUAUCAUCUGGGCAACCAAUGAUCUGCUUUCCCUGAAAAAAGAAGUUGCGCAACAAACCGUCGAUAGUCUUGUGCCGCUGCUCUAUCAUAAGCACGGGAACCUGGACCUGGCUGUGUCGCUUGUUGUCGAGACCAUCGAGAACGCCGUCAAAGAUUUUGACUGCGCGGCUGAAGCCUUGGCGCGGAAGUUUUCAGAUGACCGGGAGCUCAUGCCCAGGCUCGAAACGUACAUCAAUGCCUGCCGACUCAACUGCACGGGGAACCUCAAUUGGAGCCUCCAAACGGGCCGAUACGGAGUUUCACAGCACAACAUUGCGGGCGGCGUGACCUUAAAGCUGAAUUAG